AUACUUUAUCGCCGUUUUGCGAGUCGAGAUUCUCGUGAAAGUCUGUCGCAAGCGCAAUUCCCGCAAUGGCGGGCAAGCCUAGGCCCUCCGCGAUGGCGCGUCGUGCUAUGUUGGUUCGGGUAGUCUCUAUAUCCGCCUGCUUGCUCCUCUGUGCCCUCACCUGGCAACAGUACCAUGCGUCCUCCGUGGAAGCUGAUCUCGACCAAUCAGCGUCGUCCACGUCAUCGUUACGCUCUUCUCUUGCCUGGCUCUCGCGCAAAGCAACCAGAAAGCUCGAUCCGGCUGGCCAGGACCAGCAGCAGGACGGGCAGAACAAAAAAAAACCUAACCUGCCCCUCGGCCCCCAAUUUCAUCUCCGUAACUUCGUCUCUCAGCGCUUCUACGAACCCCGCGUACCCAAUGCUCAUUCCAAACCUCAAUCCGAACAUCUUUCCGAACCUCCUUCUCGCUCGCAGCAGCCCCGGCGCCACCCCUCGGGCCUCUGCGUCGCCAUCCCCACCGUCCCUCGGCCAACCGUGGAGCCCAACGUGUCCAGCUGGCAGCUCCUGACCCGGCUUUUGCGGGAUCUAGACGGCGAGCGCGCCUCGGGGGAGGGGGUUCUGGAGCACGCGAUUAAGGUGGUGGUGUAUAGCGCUUCGUGCAUGUAUAGGUUCCAGCCAGGGGCGGCGGAUGUGGGGAACAUAGUGGGGGACGGGACACGCGUAACGGAGCUGAAUAGGGCAGUCGAAGAGCAGUACACGCAGGCUGUUAGGGUUUCGCGGGAGCUUUCCGUCCCCGUCUAUGUGGUCCCCGCUAACGUGGACGUUUGUGCGUUCAUUUAUAACAAGACACGUUUGGAGGAGGAGGUUCCGAGGGAGCUACAGUACGAGGAUUGGAGCCGGUGGAUGUGGAUGGCGAAGGAGAGCAUCGAUUUCGUGUACGCCGUGCGACAGUGUAUGGUUACCAACCCGCGUUACAUAUUGUUCCUGGAAGACGACACGAAACCCAUCCACCGUUACGACUUGGCAAUCGAGCGUUUCAUCUCAGAAGAUCUUGCCAACAAGUCCUGGGCCGUACUAUCCCUGUACCACCCUCGAUCGUUCCACUGGCCAGUGCAGCAUGCAGACGAAUACCUCAUGCCCUGCUGCACCCAGGCGCUACUCUUCAACGUUACCGCGUUACCAGCGCUGCUGAAUUUCGUUGAAGGGAACUUCAUGCGAGCGCCGAUUGACCUAUUACUGCGCGACUACUUGAAAGAGAACGCCCUGCAUGCAUACGUGCAUGUACCGUCGCUGUUCCAGCACAUGGGCGUGUUCAGCACCAAGGACAGCAGCAGCAGGGCGUUCCACUUUGACUUCCUGUUUGGCAAGAACGCUUCGGCGUUGGCGGCCAUGCGCGGUGCGGCCGACGGGGUGAGGCUAGCGCCGCUGACGGUGACAUGAGGUUGGUAGUAGUGGGCUGGAUGGUGGUACCGUGAUGGCAUUGGUGUCGUGACAGUCAAGAGGAAGGUGUGCGGGUGCCGAUGGUGCGUUAGAUGGUGGUGAUAGUGGGUGUGGCAGAGUGGCAGACGGAGUGGGAACAGGAAGCUGGAUGGAGGGACACGGCUGCAGUGGAGCGGAUUGCAAUGACAGAAGGUUGAAGACGGCUCAAGACGGCUGAAGCACUACAAAAUCCAGUCCUUGUGGCGUGCUGCUGAGGCACACACUGCAUCAUAUAUUGCAAGGGUGCCAAAAUUCGGGGGAGGAUGAAGCCAUGCGUUUGUUAUGCUGGCGAUCGCGAGCGGUUUCAAGAUUCCAGCCACUGCUUCUUACAAGGUCCAAGAGUAAGCACUAUGUUGAAGUAUACUCGACAGAGUUUACUUAUGCAUUCCUGAUACAAAACUUAGACUGUACUAGUAGCGCGAUACUGUCAGAAAUCCAGUCACUAACCACUGGGUUAAAAGGGCUUGUUGAAUAGCGGGUAAGUGCGCCCAUAGCCCCCCAGGCUCUGCACCUGUGGCCCUUCUCCGAGGAUCUUUUCAAGGGUAACCCAGCGGGUCACUCGACAGAUACCUCAUAUGGC